GCUUUUCUGUAAAUUUCCUGCCUCUCCAAUCAAAACCAUCCAUUCCAAACCCCCACUCGCUCCACCCGUCGGCGGCGCUACCGCCAGAGCCACCGGCUCCCCACACCUCCGAUCCGGCGCCGCCACCCCAUCUUCUGUCAGAUCCGGCGCCGCCGCGCCCUCUCGUCUCCUCCUUCUCCCAGAUCGGGAGCAGCCGAGCUCGGCGGAGGAGCAGCAGCAGCGACAUCUCAAGCACAGGCAGUAUGGAUGGGACAAUGCAUGCUCCAAGCGGUGCCGAGGCACGUGUUGCUGCCCACCCUAGCGUGAACGCCAAUGGCGCUGCCAGGCACUUGCAUGAUGAAUGGCUGGAAGAGUAUGAAGCGGGUGUUUUCAUGAAGCUGAAGGACCUCGGUGAUGGCACCCGAGAGCUGAAGAGGGUUCGGUUCAGCAAAAGGCGCUUUGGGGAGCAUCAGGCUGAGAAUUGGUGGAAAGAGAACCGGGAGAAAGUUUACGAGCGAUACAAUAUAAGGACCUCCCAACAAGCGUCGUCAGCAGCCCCAACCCACUCGAUCGGCCUAAUAACGUACCUUCCUGUUUCUUCACGCACAAACUGCAAGGCCAACCAUCAACGAGUAGCAGCAAAUCGUGAACGAAAUUAAGGGUUAUGUCAUAUGUGUACUGGGGUGUAGACCGCCAUAUGUGACCUUUAUCGUCUCUUGGUACUGUGAUAUUGAGACUGGUAAGUAAGGUUCGGUUGGUGCUUAAUCACCAUAGGCCAUAGCAUGGGCCCUGUCCUAGUGUAAUGUACAUAAUGUAGUAGAACUUAUAACCUGUUAGUUGUGAGGUUAAUGUAGUCUAUUUAACUGGUUAAUUGGCCUUGUUGAAACCCAGCCCAUUAAUAAUCUUGUUAUGUGAAACAAAAAGUA